ACCUCCGCUGUCUACAUCACUCUCUCCGUGCAGCAGCAGCUGUGCGUGUUGAUGUCACAUACAAGAUGGCGGCGGCUCGGGUGGGUCCGGGGCAUCCUUGCUGCUCCAGUCUAGUGGUGUGUGGUGAAAUCUGCCGGGGGCCAGGGCUGGUCAAACGUGCGGUGAGCGAACUAAAAAGAGGUUUUUGCUCUUGGGACCUAGAUUCAUCUAUAUGUAAUUUGGAUGAUCAGCUGAAAUUAUUUGUAUCACGCCAUUCGGCCACAUUCUCCGCAGAGUUUAAAGGUCAAAAAAGUCUCCAUCAUGUAGGGGACACAUUAGAGACCUUAGUUCUGAUGAACCCUGCUAAGAAGUCAUUAUGUGAUGAGAUUCGUAACCUGAUCUGCCACUCCUCCAGCCACAAGCUGCUAAUAUUUACUGGCCCUUUUCUAGAAGAGACAGGGGAAAUGCUUUUGCAAGGUGGAGGAGGUUUCUCCAUUGAAGACUUCAUUCAUAUUUUUACAGACAUAAAGAUUGGGGAGGCAUUGAGCUCUUCUGACCCGACAGCCCGUGUCGGUCUGACAGUUUCUUGUCCUGAAGAUUGGGAUUUAUCGCAGUUGGACAAGUGCAGCCUACAAGAUUUUAUUGAGUUGCAGUUUAACAAAGGCCCAAUGCUGCCAGAGACGGAGGGCCUACAGGAGUUGGCAGAAUACCUCUCUGAAUCUCUUGAGCCCACUUCUCCCUUUGAACUAUUGGAAUCCCCCACAACUGUGGGAUUUUUGAAGUUAUUCAAACCAUGCUGCUAUGUCUUUCCUGGGGGCAGGGGUGACUCUGCCUUCUUUGCUGUCAAUGGGUUUAACAUGUUGGUGAAUGGAGGUUCUGAUACAAGAUCCCCAUUCUGGAAAUUAAUACGCCAUUUGGAUAGAGUGGAUUCCAUCCUUGUCACACACAUGGGCAUAGACAAUCUUCCUGGUAUCAAUAGUUUACUGCAAAGGAAGAUAGCAGAGGUAGAAGAGGACAUUAAUCAAGUUCCACAGCCCACUGAUGAGUGGUUAAAAAACUUUGUAUCUCCAGAGCUAGGAGUUGUGUUUUUGAACACAGCAGAGAAGCUGAUUGCUGAAGAUGAUUCCAGCAAUGUUCGGGUCAGAGAGGAAGCCACGCUCACAUUGCGAUAUUUAGAGAAGUUGGGUAUUCAACCGGAACCACUGUAUAGAAACAAUGGUGCAACUGUAGAGCCAACUAUUCUAUUCCAAAAGAUGGGGGUUGGCAGAUUAGAAAUGUACAUGCUAAACCCUGUGAAGGGAAGCAAAGAUCUGGAAGCUUUCACAAAGCAGUGGUCUGGAAAUGAGAAAAAAAAUGGAUCUAAUUUACCACUGACCUCUCUGACCUCUGGAUGUGCCCUACUUGUGUGGCAUCCAUCUGCACCUUCUGAGAAGAUUGUAAGAGUAUUGUUCCCAGGCUGCACCCCUCAGCAGAAAAUUCUUGAAGGUUUGGAUAAACUGAAACAUUUAGACUUUUUGAGAGAUCCUAUCAUAACACAAAAAGAUUUGGAGAUUAUGGGAAGUAAUCGCAUACAGAGAUUUGGUGCAAAACCAACCCGAACUGAGAGCAAAGAGAGCCUGGGAUCUGGUUCAGGAAAACUGAGUAGUGAGCGUAAAUUUGGACCAGUAAAAGAGAAGUCCUUGAAAAUCCAGAGAAAGGAAUUGAGACCAGAUGGAAAAGAUAAAAGCAAAACGGUUAUAGAAUCCACCAAGGUAUUUGCAGCAGAUCCAGACAAAUUAAAAGAGGGCAAAGGUAAAAUAGAAAGUUCAGCUGAAAGAAUGACACCUGACCCAAGACUGAAGACUACAAGAGAAAAAAUUGGUGUAAAGCGAGAUCAACCAAAGGAGGAGAGGAAACCACCUGCAAAAAGAGAGGAUAUUCAAUACGAAAAAAAGAAGGAAACGGUAAAACCAGAAAAUAGGAAGGAUUUGCGGCCCACUAUAAAUAAUGUUAGAGCAGAGACACCAAGGAAGGAUAUUAAAGAGGGCAGGGGAGAGGAAGCAAAGACAAAACUAGGGGGGAAAGACAUGAAGAAAGCAGCCAUUACACCUUCUGAUUCCAGAAGACCCAUUUCCAAAGUAGGAUCUCUAAAAAAGGAACUUGGAGGACUAAAAAAGGAUGUAGGUGCAGGUAGCAGAGUGGUGACCAAGGGCAAGCCUCCAAAGAAGGAGCAAGGAAGGGAAAUGAUCAGUGACCCCUUAGAAAAGAAUGUAGCCACAGAGAGUAGCAAUCCAGUUUCUGGUGCCUCUAUGAGUAAUGCUGAAGAGGCUGGUAAAAGUAUUGAGGCUGCUGCAUGUAGUGCUGCUGGUCGUAAUAAAUGUACUGAGAAUGGGUUAUGCUCAGUUGAGCCUGAGAGCCCAAAUGGCUUCCGUUAUAUGGAAACAAGUCCUCUCAAAGGCCUAGCACCUGUGUCCCCAUUAGCGAAAACACCUAAAAAUGAAAUUAGUAUGAAUUUUGACCUGACGCCCACAAACCUGGCGAUCCAAGAAAAAAGCAAACCUGGGCACCAUGGCCAGGACUUGCUGGAUGAACCCUGUGGAAGCACAAUAGAAAGGACUAUGGAGAUGGUAUCCCCUGUCAGUUCAGAGCAUCAUUCACUGGCCAUGGCGCAACAGAAAAAUUUAAACUCCUCCUCUUCCUCCUGGAGGGCUCCACCUAAAUCUUCUCAAGAAAAUUCAAAUUCCUCUCAGGGAAAACAGACAAGUUGUUUAUCCUUGAGUCCUUUUCGGGAAGAUUUACCUGAUGUCUCACCAACAAUCACCACUCCCUCUUUGCCUGCUGAAGUGGGCUCCCCACAUUCAACAGAGGUGGAUGAAUCCCUCUCUAUCUCUUCCUUUGAGCAGACACUCCCUCCAGUCAGUGAGUCUCCUAGAGAUGUCUCACCAGAGACGCAUAAUGCAAAUAGAAUGGGUCUGAGUUUACCUGUACGUCCUUCGCACUCCAGCGAACCUGAUGGACAAUAUGAAAGGUCAGCAUCUCCUCAUGAUGUUGACCUGUGCUUAGUAUCUCCAUGUGAGUUUGAACAUCCUAAAUCUGAUGCUGUAUUAAGCCCACGUGACAGUGACAGUGACCCUUCCCAGGAAUUGCCUAAGCCCCUAUGCUCUCCUGCAAAGAACUUUCCAAAUGGGUCCGAGACACCACCAACUUCAGUAAGUGAGUCUUUGCCAACAAUCUCUGACUCUGGACCCGAGGAGUGUCCUUCUAUUGCUGUUGAUGGAGCAUCAGAUUCUGAGGGGGACAACACUCCAAGACUUUUAGAUCCUGUUCCCCCACCUCUAAAGGACCCAAACCCUCUUCCACCUCAACCAGGGACCUGUAUGGUGGACCCGGAAGCCACGCCUAUGGAUCAUGGGGACAAAAAAACUGUAAACCACUCCUCACCCACUACCCUUCGUAGUAACGUCAUCAAAGCCAAAGGUACUGGAGAAAAAGUGGGCAAGAUUGCCUCAGGCAGAGCUGAAGUGUCUGAGAGAUCUCGUACUACAGCGGACUUCAGACCAGCUGCUGUCAGACGCAGUGUUGGUAGUGCAGUCAAAUCAAUUCCAACAGGAGGCCGUUUGUAUUCAGGAGCUUCUCCUUCCAGCAGAAACCCUCAGUCUAGCUCCCCUUCGCCUCCUGCUUUGCCAGUAUAUGUGGACCUUGCAUACCUGCCUGGCGGACCUGCUGCCCAGACAGUAGAGGAAGAGUUUUUUAGGCGGGUGCGAUCCUCAUUUUAUGUUAUUAGUGGGGAUGAUCCCGUGAAAGAAAAAUUCACCCGUAAGAUUCUGGAUUCCUUGCUGGCUGGAAAAAGUCAUUGGGCACAAGAAUUGCAGGCUACAUUGAUUCCAACGUUUGAGUCGACGGCAGUCCAUGGAUGGUAUGAAGAAACGCAUGCCCUUCAACAGACACUUGGUAUUACGGUGUUUGGCAGCACUAGCAGUGUGUCAAUGCAGGGAGAAACGUUCCCUGCCUGCAAAGUGGAGUUCUGAUCCUAUUCAUACCCUGCUAUCUAUAUGCACAUCUUGUAUUGUUUUGGAACAUUUUGAUACCAGGGUGCUUUUUAGAUUUUGGAUGGCCACUUAGUUUUUCAUUGCACAUGCUUUAUUAAUGGCAGAUGCUGCAGUCUUCAGAGGCGGGAGCAUGCACUUUCCUACCAAGUGGUCACCAGAAGACAUUACUUUCUCCUUUACUUGGCUACUAUAAUACCACUUUUGUUGGGAGUGAGGGAGAUGUGCACAAUUGAAGAUAAACUUUUUUUGCACUUUCACGCCAAUGCUCACCCCAUCUUAAUUUUCAUGUUAUUUUGCAGCUGCCAACCAUUGACUCUUUCCCACCACCUGACCAGGACACCAUGCUAACACUUCACUUUCUUAUGUUUACAGUUGAAUUUUCUUUUGUACAUGAGGGGUUAGUAAAUAAGGUUUGCUGUGUCCAGUGGUAUAUGAAAGCUCCACAACCGGUCACUAUCGGGUCACUUUCACUUUAAUGGCUCACCCAUUUCAAUGUAUCAUUAGGAUGAUUUUCCUAGAUGUUUGGGAUAAGUAUAAGCUUGUGGUUAAUAUCCCAUUCCAAACCUUAAGUGAAACUUUUACUCCCUGUAAAUGUGAUGGGUGAGUGUGUGUAGGUUCAAUACACCCUAAUUCAUCUGUUGGAUAUGUCUUGCACAAUAGAUUAGGGUUGGUUAAGAAGUAGCACUUUGGCUGUUAGAUUCACCUAGUUGUCAGCCACAUUUGCAAUAAUGUUGAGAAGGCUACUAUUUAACUGUCCUAGUCGGUUAAGCAGGGUACUGAUUCCGAAGUUGUCCGAGGAUCAUAGUAUUUUCAUGUGUGUUUUUUUAUUACUUUUUUUUUUAAUUUAAAUUAAUGACACUCCAGUAGUACUUUACAAUGAAUCCUAAAAUGUCUGAUCAGUUUUAAUAUCUGUACCGGUCAUUGCCUAUAUACUGUAGCAACCUAUUUAAUAGGCAAAGGUUUAUAGACUGUUAUAGAGACAAUUAUGAGACAUGUACAGUGGUGUGUAAAAAACACAUUUAGAUUCUGAUCCUCAUGAUCUAUGGUGCAGACAGUGUUUUAUUUAAUGCGUACCUGGUAUUGCUAUAUGCACAAACCAAGAAAAAUGUAGAAGUUUGCUCAUUACUUAAACAAAAAUCUCCUUUUGCCAUGAAAGAAAUGUAAUUUUGUAGUAGUGAUGCAGUAUGGCUUCUUGCACUAUGAUUCCAGUGAGGAGUUUUUUCUUCAGUAUACAAGGAGCUUGUCACGAGGGCUCUACAACGCUAGUCUUUGCAAGUGGGUUUUUGAUAUUUUUAGAGUACACCAGGAAUCCGUUAUGUUCUACACAUUCCAACUAAGGUCCAGUUUUGAACACUUCUCCCAUAUUGAUCCCUGCAUCCCAACCACCCCCUUCCCCCCAGAAAAAAAGGGGUAAGACUUCCCUUUAAGCUCAUCCUAAUACUGUAGAAGUUUUCAACUUAAUGCGUUCUAUGGUUUGAGGGCCAGUUUUUAAACUGUUGUUGGGCUCAAUAGACCCAAAAUUAAUCAGUCUAGCUGCAAUAUCUUAUGUGGUUGUAAUUUGUAUUUCCAUCUGUUUUGUAAAGUCUGCUAUGUCUGAACACUAAACAUUGUCCUCCUGUGAUAAAGGUUAUACUAGUAAAUUUGUUUUUUAAAUGUGUUAUUGUAAUGGUAAAUGAAGGAUUAUUACCUCAUACUUUCUCGCCACACACACAAUAUUAGGGAGGAUGGGGGUGGGGGGGGGGGGAGAGUCGGGUUCUUGGAAAUGCCUAGCAACUCAUGUUAGAGGUGCCAGUCGACCCCAAAAAGGAGCUUCAAAGGGGAUUUAAACCCACUGUCUUGUUUUCUGUCCAAUGACGAAGAUCAACAUCCAGCCCUGAGAGGGAAAGGGCAGAUUGUAUGGAUUAUGAGCCACCACGGGAAUUGUAUUGUGACUUCACAUAGCUUCUAGUAGUCAAGCAAAUUAAAAUCUGAUUUAAACAAG